GUCGCCAUAUUUCACGCUUCGUUCCAUCCGACCCAAGGAAAUACAUUGGACUGGUCAUUGAAAGCAAGUCCUGAUUUGGACCUUAAUCACGUCGAAUUUAGUGCGCUGCCAAGUGGGCUUCAUCUUGUUGAGGAAGAUGUCGUAUAUUUUACGAAAGGCCCACACCAUGGUGUGUGCGUCUUCCGCCGCCGCCGAACAACCGAGCAUGGUCAUCGAGGCUUUCGACUCUCAUCUCUUGGCAUACUCCUGGCCAAAUCCGCAAGACCUCGACCUUGGCGCCACGUACCCGCUCUGAAACGAUUGAUCUCCAAUAUAUAUUCGUCCUUGGAAGACCACGAUACCCUGGACAUAUCCGAAGCCGAUUUCGACCCUGCGCGCGUCUUUUUCGAGGAGCGUAAAGUUCAACGAGCAGAUUUGGGCGGUGCAGGUGACUGGCGAGGGUGGCCGAGCGAUCUGGAUGGCGUGCGUCCCGACGCCGACUCCUAUGGCCUUGCGCCCAAUCCAACAUUACAUCUCCCUCAUCUCCUCCGGAUAUUAGGUCCCUCAGCUCUGACGCUCUAUAAACAUGUCCUCGGCCGGCGGCGCAUCCUCAUAUUCACGCUCCCGCCCGUAGAGGCGGCCUGUAUCCUAUGUCAGGUGGCCAGCGACAUCUGUUUCGAGGCCCAAGUAGACUCAACGCACACUAGCAAGACGAAGCUGAAGGGACGGAAUGCGGAUGGCAUCAAGGCUCUCGGGAUGGUCAACUUGAACGACAUGGACAAAUUGAAGGAGGAAGGGGCAAAUGGUCGUGGCUGGAUAGCAUGCACGACUGACGCUAUAUUCCUCGAGAAACCAUCCUACUACGACCUCCUCAUCGACCUCACGACAUCCACACCAUCCAAGGCGUCCCGGCCGACAUUACACAUUUCCAGACCUAUGGCACAAAAACCUGGCACCAGAGGACCAUCUCACGAACUAGUGACCGUGCGCUUCACGUGGAGCGACGUGAAACUCUGGACAGAAUUGAAUCGCAUCCUCGACCGUGAUGGUUCGGGCCAUCACCACGACUGCGCCGACUGCGGCGUGCCCGCCUCGUCCUCCUCCUCCUCCUCAAGCCCAGGUUCACCCAAUGCAAAACCGAAGACUUCAGCGUGGACCGACGUCUGGCGGUUAUACGAAGACGUGUGCGUCAUAUGCGCCGGGCUUUGGAUGGGCAGCUGGCGCGCCAACUCCCGGGCGUCCUACACGUCCGUGAAUGGGAAUCAGUGGGGCCAGGCGCGCGAGGAUGGAGACCAGGACCUCAGCAUCGACGGGACAUACGUCCGCAACCUGGGCAUGGGCAUCGAGGGCCGGCCGAGCGUGAGCUCGAGCAUGGGCAUGGCAAGUAGCACCAGCACCAGCAGCGCAGGAUUCGGUAGCGGGAUUGGCAACAACGGCGGAGGCGCGGGCAUUGGCAACAGCGGAAGUCGCAUAAGCCUCCGCACGAUGCCGCAAGUCGAAGAUGACGACGACCUCGCGUCGCCUGCUGCCCAGGACGCACGCGAGAACGCCGAGCGCCAGCUGCGCACGACGCUCGCGCUCCUGCAAACGUUUCACGCGCACACGUGCUUCCAGCUCUCGACGCUCGCGGCGUUCCUCCCGCCUGCGUCCGCGAUCGAGGGCGGGCGGACCGUGGUGCUCACGCCAAAGGACAUCCUUGCAUUCGAGCUCGGCCCGCUGAGCACGCUCGACGCGCGAUUCGUGGAAUGGAUCGCGGAGGAGUACGCGGGCGAUACGCGGGUGGUGAUCAAGCGCGGCUGGAAGGAUCUGCUCGGCAUGGUUUUUGGAUUGAGCUGA